AUGCCCCAUCGCUUUAUGUCCGACGAUAUCCGCAUGGGCUCCUUUCAACCUGAUCCUUACGAUUGCAUAACGGUAGACACGCGUAAAUUUUCGUUUCCUCACCUUUCUUCCCAGGACAUCGCAUCUCUGCUAGAUCGUAGCAUCGUCGAUUGGACCACUCAAUCUAAAAAUGCGAAUCUCGACAAGCCUAAAAAUAAUCUUGACCCCGACGGAAAGAAAUUGAGGGCCAUUUGGUUCAAGGUGGGUAUAGCGGAUACCCGUUGGAUACCUAUAUUGGUCGAGAAGGGUUUCAACUUUCAUCACGCCGUGGGUAAAAGGUAUGAUCACGAAGAAAAUGAUAACGAUAGGAAUCGUGGAGCUGGGAACGAUCAAGAGUAUCUAAUGAUGACCAAAAUUUUAUCGGACGAAUCUUGUUUGGAAGGUGAACAAAAUGGGAGGAAGAGCGAAGGCGGAAAUGAAAAUGAUGUUGCUAUUUCAACACACAAGACUUCUCUGCCCCCUUACGCGUUUACCACGAUAGGGGUAGCCGGCUUGGUUAUGCAUUCCGAAGACGAAGUCCGAUUGCAUAGCACCAAGAAAAGUAGUCUUACUGACGCGAGAGACGCCAUCUUGAAAUCUAGGCUUUUAAUGAUACGAGAGAAGAGGCGAGGAAAUUUCUGGAAGUUUCCCGGGGGCUUGGCCGAACCCGGCGAAGAACUCAGCGUUACGGCCAGUAGAGAGGUCAAAGAAGAAACCGGGAUAUUGACCAACUUCCAAGGAAUUUUGAGUUUUCGGCACAGUCACACGUACCUGUUCGGUUGCUCGGAUUUGUAUUUUGUUUGUGUUUUGAAAGCCACCUCCGCCAAUAUUCAGAAGGAUCCUGGCGAAAUAGCUCAGGCUGAAUGGGUUCAGAUACAAAAACUUUUGUCAAGGGUAGAAACCACAGCUGAUCAAAACUCUUCCGACAAUUACCCCAUUUCCGAAAGCGUCAAAUUUUUGAUAGACUCUUACGUUCAAAUUCUGUGUUCCGAAUUAUGCGCCAGAAGUGAGGCAAGUGCAUCGGCUUCACUUUUUACCUCGAAAAAGGUAUUAUCAUACGAUAAAAAACAUCUUCAAACUUGGUACAUAGACGAGCAUAAUAAUCAUAUGUGAUAACCGUUACAUCCAUUUUAUGAUAUUUUUUUCAUCUUUGUCAUAAUAUUUAGUACACAUAAUUCAUAUAUGGUUUAUUAACCUUACCGUCUUUUAUAAUCUUCUUUGUUUAUAUCAUACAAAAUGUGUAAUUUUAUUUAUCAUAUGUUUAUUUAAAUUAAAUAUUUUACUCAAACAAUUACGUUAUAAGCCAUCUCACUUUCCCCAUUUAAAUCGCCCCGAA